UGGAGAAUGUUGAGCCUUUAUUAGAUCACUUCACUUCUCCUGGCUUCGACACAGAAGCAACUAGAGAGAGAGAUGGGUGAAGGGAAAGCCUCGAGCCUCCUGGUGAUCCUUGUUGUCAUACUCAGCCUCGUUGCUUUCGGCUUCGCCAUAGCAGCGGAGAAGAGGCGGAGUCUCGGUCACAUUGAGAGUGACGAAAAUAAUACUACAUAUUGUGUUUACAACUCAGACGUUGCAACUGGUUAUGGGGUAGGCUCUUUUUUGUUUCUUCUCUCAAGUCAAUCAGUGCUUAUGGGCGUGACAAGGUGCAUGUGUUUCGGCAGACCAUUAGCACCUGGAGGAAAUCGUGCUUUUACAAUCAUAUAUUUUGUAUCUUCUUGGUUUGCUUUCAUAAUUGGUGAGGCUUGCCUAAUUGCUGGUGCAACAAAGAAUGCCUACCAUACUAAAUACAGAAACAUGGUUUAUGCUGAUGAUUGGUCUUGUGAAUCUUUGCGCAAGGGAAUCUUUGCUGCAGGUGCUGCAUUUGUAGUAUUCACCAUGAUUCUCAAUGUCUUCUAUUACAUGAGCUUCAGCAAAGCUGUUCAUCAAACCACUCAUGCAAAACCUUCUAUAGGAAUGACUGCUAGUCGUGCCUGAGGAACACAUUCUGUUUGCAAGGACUUAUAGUUACGUCUCCGUUUUUUAAUAGUGUGUGUUAAUUGCCAAUUGGGGGUUGGGGGGUCCUGGGGGGUUGGGUAAAUAUGGUGGAUGUUUAGAGCUACUAUGUCAUGUCAAACUAUACCUCGACGAAAGGGUGAGUACUGGGAAAAAGGUAAUGUAAAUUUCUUGAAGACUUUCAAGUAGAGAAGGAUGUAUGUUGUUAUUUGAUAUGUGACAUCAGAGGAACUUUUUGUUCCAUAAUCUUGUGAACAGAUGCCAACUGCACAAGCAACUAUUUCGGUGAGACAUCAUAUAUACUGAUUUCCCCUUUCUGGAUCCAUUUGUGUGGCUUUCAAAAUUUCUCUUGCUUGUUUGUGAGUCAUCCUUAUGGAAGUUAUGAUAUUUUCAGCAGCUGAUGAUGUGUGACAUAGUUACAGAUGAUCAUUCCAUUUGUGUGGCUUUCAAAAUUUCUCUUGCUUGUUUGUGGUUCAUCCUUAUGGAACUUAUGAUAUUAUCAGCAGCUGAUGAUAUGUGACAUAGUUACAGAUGAUCAGUCGAAUGUUUCCAAUCCUAAAUCAUGUGUAAGGUAAGGCCCAAGUCAAAUUGUAUAAUACUGUGGUAGGCUGGUAACAGACAAUGUAAGCUGGACAAGCCGCCUCAGAGUAAUGAUUGAGGGAUGAAGAAAACAACGAAUCCGUUGGAGUUGCUCAGAGUAGAAUUAAUAGAACACUGCGUACAUUUCAAAUAGACCAAGAUAGUUAAAGAGGCGUGUAUGCUUGCUUUGGCUCAUUUAGCGGAAAAGGAUAGGCUGUUAUGCAACCUGCUCCCCAAACCAAUGUUGUAAAAUCGGAUCCUGAACGGAAUUAAGCUCUGUCAAUUCAGUGAUUCAGCCAAUUCAGGCCGAUUCUGACAGCAUUUCACCAGACUGUGAAUCUACCAAGGCGUCGAAAUUACCCGCCAGGUAGGUCUUUUCUACUUUUCAGACUGUUAGUUGAAGAUCAGAUUUUGUCCUACGUUCCCUGUAUUUUUUGAGUUUUGUUUUGAAUGGCGAUCUGGGGGCCUAAAUCCCCCAGCAGUUUUGGACUGGUAAGGUAAAUUAUCUUUAUGUUCUUGCAUGUUGAAGUUUUCUAAUUUAGUAGUAUUGAAGUCCCAUGAAGCAUGAAUAAGCCACCGGCAUGUUGAUCUGGAUUAUGAACAUUGCAGGUUCUGACGGGCAAAGUUGGCUUUUAGUUUAGAGAUUGGUAUGCAAGGCUUUGUCGUCGCAUCGAUCAUAUGGCUGGCCAACUUAGAGAUCAUUUCGGGCUUUCAUAAUUUCUCUGGACAAGAGUUACAUCAGUCUGCUAGCAGGUUGGACUUAAAAAACUCUAGUUUGAGGAAGGCCAGUCGUUCGAUAGUUGUAAAGGAUGUCGAGCUGAAAGCCCUGAAUCGAGUAUCUACUGCCAUUCUGUACUUUGAGCUUUGUCAGUCUUCUUUCUUUUGAUCAGCUUUUGGACCCACCAAAAUGCAACAAGUGAGGUUUUUGGCGAUCCAAAAUUCAGUCGCUGAAAACGCAUCGGCGUUUUAUAUGUUUAAUUCUUUUAAUUAUUAAAAAAAGAAGUAUGAAUUACAGGUUUCUUA